GAUCAAACGAACUAAAGUCUCUGGGAUCACUGAUUUCACAACACGUACAUUUCACGACACGUAACCAUGAAGAUACCUGAACGCCAUCUUGGAGCAACUCUUAAACUACCAACUGUUAUUCGAUUGCAAGAUAAUUGGUGUACGAGGUAUGGUAAAAUAAAUAUUAGGAGAAAUAUGGAAGAAUGAAAAGCCUAUAAAAGAUUGAUAGAAAAAUCACACAAAAAAAAGAGAAUCACAUUUCUUAAUUGCUCGAUUCUCACUGUCAAUUUUUGAUCGAAAUACAUAGAUUUUUGAAGUAUGGACAAACAUAUUGAUUUUUCAAUUGGAUAUCAAGCAGUCGAUGUAAAAUAUGUGUUUAUUUGAUGAAAAUAAAUGGAAUCACAUUGAACAAGUCCACUUGGUCGAAGAGCGUGACGUAAAUAAUAAAAUGAUUGUCAUGGUUGAACUGGACAUAAGACAGUACAAAGAAGAGGACUCUGAUGGUAGUAACGCCUAAGUAGUAGAAUCGUAUUGGAGGAAAAUAAUGUGAAGGUGCGUUUCCAACGCAUGCACAAGGCAAUGAGUAACAAAACACAAACGCGAAAGAGAAGAAACCGGAUGUGAUGCUGUAAAAAAAUAGAGAAUUUUAUGUUUAUACGGAAUAAAGGUGGAAACCAAACAAUGGAUGCCUUUUUUCUCUCUCUUUCUCUCUUUCUUUCAAGGUCUAAUGAAAGUCCGUCUUUGUUAUAAAGCACAAAGAUGGAGGAUGAAAGAAACUACUAAUUGCGAUGACGAGGUGAAUGGUUUAACGCUCGCAUUUGUUGAAAACUAUGCAUAUAAACAAACUUUCAACUUUUCUCUUCUACGAGGCUAUACAAAUGAUGUGAUAUUUCUAUAAUUAAUCCUGAAAGAGAAGAGGGCUCUUACUUGCUUCCGGCGAAAUCUAGUAUACCAUUGGAGGAGAAACAGUUAGUGGGGGUCAACGGAAGAGCCAAUAAGUCGGCUCAGAGUAUAGUAUGCAAUAGAAAAUUACUCUUUCCUGCAUAAACUGUAACCGGCGCCGGGUUUCCUAAGGAGCUCUUGUAAAGACGCGUGCAAAGUAAAUCAUUUCCGGAGCGUAAAACUUUUAUAUAUCGUCAAAAAGUUUUUUGGCGCUCAAAUUAAUCUCAAAAGAAGUUUCAUCUCGUAUCUGUAGUUAAUCAAUUACUUUGAUUGUUCUCCUACUACCUUAACGAUGGCGACGGUUGAGUGCUACCAAAACCAAGCUCAGGCUGCUUCUGAAAAUGAUCAACAAUCACAGAGCCAACAAAGUCAACCAAAUGUACAACAAAAUCAACAGCCUGCAUCACAGCCGACCGCUGGAAUUCCUGGAAAGGAUGACGAGCGUAAGCUCUUCGUCGGUGGUUUAUCAAGAAAUACCACAGACAAAGAAUUGCGUGAUCAUUUUGGUAAAUUUGGAGACAUCGAAAGCGUUACAGUGAAAAUCGAUCCGUAUACCGGCGUCUCUAGAGGAUUCGCAUUUAUGGUUUUCGCUAAUCCUAAAACCAUCGACAAAUUGUUGGCUUCUGGAGAGCAUUACAUCAACAAACGAAAGGUUGAUCCAAAAAGAGUUAGCACGAAACAACAACAUGGAAAGAUUUUUGUUGGCGGUCUUACUCCUGAAAUUACCGACGACGAUAUCAAGUCAUACUUCAGUCAAUAUGGGACUAUAGUUGAACUGCAGGCUCCAUUUGAUAAAGUAAAAAAUCAACGGAAGGGUUACUGUUUCAUAACAUUUGAUUCUAAAGAAGUUGUAUAUAAAUUACUAAAAACUCCCAAACAAACAAUAAAUGGCAAGGAAGUAGACAUUAAAAAGGUUAAAUCGAAUCCAGAUCUUAGACCACAAGGAUUUUGGGGACCAGGAUACAGUUAUGGAUAUGCUGGUGGCUAUGGUUAUAUACCGGAAUACUGUAAUGGAUAUCAAGGAGGCUAUGACGAUAUGUAUGGGAAUUAUGAUUACACUUGUUACGAUGGCUAUGAAAAUAUGGGUUAUUCCGCUCAAGGUAAACCACGAGGUAAUGGGCAAGGACCUCGUCAGUUUCAAAGACAUCAACCAUACUAAACGUCGACCAUAUUAGAAAUACACAAUCUUUACAUGUUUAUGAUCAAGUUUAAUACAAGAGCUAAGUAGGGAGGUUUACCGUUAAUAUCUAAUUGCAGUCUGACUGAAACAAGGGAACUCAGAUGGAAUAAGGUAUUAUAAAUGCCCGAUAAUCAUCUCCCUUAAAUUUCAAUAAUUUCGUACGUCAUGUCUGUACAAUAUUAGAUACCUUUAUGUAAAUUUGUUGAAAAAAAUUUUCUCACUAGUUUGGCGCAAUGAUAAAUGAUGUUAAGAAUUUAAAUGAUACGGAUGAUAAAAUUUCUAGAAAAUGCACAUUUUGCCUCCCCAUCUAUGGAUUAAAAAUAAAAAAACUAAUAUAAAAGAUGAACAAGUAUUAAUAGAAUUUGCAUCUUCUUAAAUACAAGCAAAACUAUUAAUGCCAACUAUAAUUUUACUAAAUUUGAAUAAAAAUAUUUACAAAAAUAAUCUUUCAUGAUCUAUGUUUCGACACGUAAUUAUAAAAAUUUUUUAGGUCCCUAGAAAAAAAUCAGAGGUUGAAUGACAUAUUAUCUACUUGUUACUCAUCUCUCAUACUAAUAAUACAUCUACUAAAUAAUUCUAUUUCUUUGGCUAUUCCAUAGCUAUUUCCAUAACCACUCUUUAGAAUUUUAGGUUGCAUUAUGAUAUACUCUUUAUUCUUUGCUUGGUGUUAUUUUUAUCUUAAAAAAUGAAACAAGAACUCUGUAUAGCUUGCAUUUGUUUUUUUCUUUUUCUCGGUGGUGUGAAAGUUUUUUUUAUUAAAUAUGUUUCUAUUAUAUUGCAAAUUGCCAAUUAUGGACCAAAAAUUUGCUCUCAUUAAAUCAUAUUUCUUCCUUGUAAGAUUAUUAUUCUAUAUCCAUGCUCAAUUAUAUGUAAUUGUUUAUAAACUAAAGAUAAAUCUCGUAACUUAUGUGAAAUUAUUAAUAUGUGCAUACAUGUGUGCAUAGGCAAGUUAACCUAAGUAUAUAUACUGAUAUAGGAAUUAAGUUAAAACAUUUGAAAAAUGUAUAAUUAAAAUAUAAACGUCCUGGGUAUUAAACAUAAGGAAUACUUGCGCGACGUUAAAUUACGAAUAA